UUCAAGCACCUAGAGUAAAAACACCAAAGCCAAGUGAGCAAUAGUAAACACAAAUCAAACAUGAAGACCUUCAUCAUAUUUGUCCUCCUUGCUAUGGUGAUGAGCAUCGCCAGUGCCACUAGGCAACUAAGCCCUAGAGGCAAGGAGUUGCAAACACCACAAGAACAAUUCCCCCAACACUUCCCCAUACCAACAAUACCACAACAACAACUAUCUGGGAGCGACAUUAUAAGUAUCAGUGGCCGAUGAAAUGAAGAGAUGUAAUACUAGACAGGUGAAUCAUCGUUGUUAGUCAAUGGAGCAUAAUGUAACGGGUAUAAAUAAAAUGAUGUGCACCAUCAUGUGUAACCCAGACCUGUACUAGUUCAAACAUGGGAAUAAAAGACAAAUAAAUUCUUUUCUGAAGCA